AAGCUUAUUUAAAAUCAAUGUCAUUAAUGGAAAAAGGAGAGAAGUCUCAUGGCUUAGGAAAAAUUGUUGAUCACAAAGAAAACUACGUGUUGGUUAAAAUUGUCAAUUAUCCAAAAGAAGAUGAACGUUUAAAAAUUGGUGUUGCUGUUAAAAUGCGUGGAGUCAUUUACGAUGAUCAAAUACCAAUUUUUCAAGUAAAAGAUAUGGACGACGUGGAUGUGUUAGAAGAAAAAACGUUGCCAAUUUCACAAGUCAGAAAAAGUUUUCAACGUUUAUCUGCUGUUGUUAAACGUCAAAAAAUUGAUAAUGAAAAUGAUGAUAUUUAAAUUAAUAAUAUAUUUGUACUCAAUUAAUUACAUAUAAUAAAUUAUUUAAAAAAAUUCGAGAUAAUUGAUAAUCAAAAUAUUGAUUAUUGAUAAUUAAAAAAAUAUGUA